AAAAAAAAGGAGGCUCAAAGAAGUUGUCUGCAGUCCCGCCUCCCCAGCUGCACUAGAAAACCCAUAGUUCCCUCGCAGUCUUUGCUCAGCACGCCCUCACCGCAUCUUUGCCCAUUUUACUCUGUUUCCUAUAGGUUGCAUCCCCGUGUAGCCAUGACGACUGCCAUCCUGGAGCGUCUGAGCACCCUGUCCGUGAGUGGACAGCAUCUGCGCCGCCUGCCCAAGAUUUUGGAGGAUGGGCUGCCCAAGAUGCCUGGCACCGUCCCGGAGACCGACGUGCCCCAGCUCUUCCGGGAGCCCUACAUCCAUGCUGGGUACCGCCCCACCGGCCACGAGUGGCGUUACUACUUCUUCAGCCUCUUUCAGAAACACAACGAGGUGGUCAACGUCUGGACCCACUUGCUGGCGGCUCUGGCCGUCCUCUUGCGGUUCUGGGCCUUUGUGGAGGCCGAGGGCCUGCCGUGGACCUCUGCCCACGCCCUGCCCCUGCUCCUCUACGUCCUGUCCUCCAUCACUUACCUCACCUUCAGCCUCCUGGCCCACCUGCUGCAGUCCAAGUCCGAGCUCUCCCACUACACCUUCUACUUUGUGGACUACGUGGGCGUGAGCGUUUACCAGUACGGCAGUGCCUUGGUCCACUUCUUCUACACCUCCGACCAGGCCUGGUACGAGCACUUCUGGCUUUUCUUCCUGCCCGCAGCCGCCUUCUGUGGCUGGUUAUCUUGCGCCGGCUGCUGCUACGCUAAGUACCGUUACCGCAGGCCUUACCCAGUCAUGAGGAAGAUCUGUCAGGUGGUGCCGGCGGGGCUGGCCUUCAUCCUGGACAUCAGCCCCGUGGCACAUCGCGUGGUUCUGUGCCACCUGUCUGGCUGCCAGGAGCAGGCGGUCUGGUACCACUCCCUCCAGAUCGUCUUCUUCCUGGUCAGUGCCUACUUCUUCUCCUGCCCGGUUCCGGAGAAGUACUUCCCGGGUUCCUGUGACAUCGUGGGCCACGGGCAUCAGAUCUUCCACGCCUUUCUGUCUGUCUGCACACUGUCCCAGCUGGAGGCCAUCCUCCUAGACUACAAGGGGCGACAGGAGGUCUUCCUGCAACGCCACAGCCCCCUGUCCAUCUACAUGGCCUGCCUCUCCUUCUUCUUCUUGGUCGCCUGCAGUGCAGCCACUGCAGCCUUCUUGAGGCAAAAAAUCAAGGCCAGACUGACCAAGAAAGAUUCUUGAGGCCGGCAGGUGGGGCGCGGUGUGGAGCUGGCCUGAUAUGAUUUGGGGAAAACUUGAAUCAGCAGUAGGAGUUGACUUUCUGCUUUUUAGAGCAGGCUUUUAAAUGAGUACAUAUUUCCAAGGGUGGCUAUGGCUAUGGAAUUAGGAAGCCAAAGGGUCCAAGAGUUUUGCUGUUAUUGUUGUGAAUGAAAGUAUUCCUUUAUCCUCUGGGCUGUAGUCUUACGAGACACAGGAAGGGAAGGGACCUUGGCUAAGAUUCAUCGGACACUGAAUUAAGAACCAUCUUCAUGCCUGAAAAUUUAGUAGAAUUCUGACUGUGGCCUCCAGGGGCAAGGCCUGGUCUAAAGGGAUAAUCCAACUGGACUGGAAAAGUUAGGAGGUGGCUGGACCACACUGUAUUGAAAUGAGCAUUCUUCUAUGAUGCUGGUCUUUGGUAAUUGGGUACAUUGACCCAAGGACCCGAUUUCAUUUGGAUUUCAGAUUGUCCGGGGUGGAGAAGUCAGAAUCUUCAAGAAGAUUCCGUAAAACCCUCAGACAUCGUGAAUUACUCGGUUCGUCUGACUUCUGGUUCCUUCUCUGGCCCACUCUAGCACUGACCCUUUUCUCAGGAUGAUGUCUUCCUGGCUGUUUUCUCCCAAGUGCUGUUCACUCCCAUCUGUACCUUGCAUGGUGAUAGAGAGGACGAUGAAGCAGUCAUACUUCCAGGAAAUGCUUGGAUCCAUGUGGACAUUCAGGAAACUUACUCUCAUAUAAUACUAAUGGAAACAGUAGUAGAAAAUACAGUGCCAAGAGCCAUCAGGAGGUCCAGCCAGCAAGCAUGGAUACCGUUUGGUGUCAUGGGACCCUUCUGUUUUAUACCUGUGCAUUGCAGGAUUACUUGAGAUCUAUUAGGGCUGCCUUACAUGCCAGAAGAUCUGGAGCUUUUUCCAGAGCAUCUUCUCCAGAUUUUGACCAGCAUGUUCAAAAAGCCCCUGGUAGAGUGAAUUGGUUCUAAGAGUCCCACUAGGGAUCUGAUUAUUUCAAGAGGAACUCAAGGUCCAGCCUCUUAAAUAGAUGCUGCCCCAUGAAGGACCCGCAUAACUACCCUAGUUCAGGGUCCUUGGGGAGUUAGUUGUACCUCAGCUUAGAGCAGCUUAAAUUAAUCAAGCCCCAGGACAGGCACAUGUGUGCAUUCAUGGUGGAUUGGUCCCCGAAGGCUCCUUUGGGUAAGGAUGGUGAACUGGGCACCCUGUAGGCAGAAUGUUCUGUUUAGGACAUAGUUGCCCAGCAGCUUCUGUGGGAUGGAGGGGCUUGCGGUUGAUGUGUUCUGGCCACGCAGCCCCCCUGAGGACUGCCUUCUGCACUGAUCCAGUGAAGGGGGCUGCAUUGGAACCCUCCCCAGAGGCUGUAUUUCCUAUCAGUAUAAGGUCUCUGUUUACUAAAAAGGGAGGUGGGUUUUCAUUCCAGUUUGAUGAAUCUCCUCUCUUCCUAGAUUACUUUGUUGUCUUCAUAUCUUUGUUUUCUUCCUUUCUCUUGAGAGAUGUGUAGGGUUUGUGCCUUAUAAAUGGAAAUGUACGAACUUAAUACACUUAAUACAUGGCCAUGUGGAAUUUUCA